CACAGUAAAGCGCCUCUCUUCAUUAAGAGCGACAUAGGAAAUAUUUGCAUAUGUAGUAGUUAAUAUUAUAUAUAUGCAUAUACACUGUACAUUGUGAGAGGCUGCAUAUUUUCUUCUCAAUUUGGUGAAUAAUAUUGAAAAACUACACAAUAUUAUUUGAUUCCGAAAUGGGAGUCUGGACAUUGUUCGUUGUAGCAGUUGUAUUCACCGAUGUCGUCAUUGGUCAAAACACGAACGAGAGCGGCGGGCAGACACGAAUGGUGACAGGAGAUGUAAAUCAGUUUUGGCGAUUUAUACUAGACUCUAUGAGGACUCGGGGUUCCAAUUCCGGUCGGACAAGCUUCACUGUUGUUUAUGACCCAGCCGAUAGACGGACAACGGUCACCACUUCUAGUUUCUCAAGUAACAACGCUAGAGGCAAUAGUUCUCCUGAAAACGUUGGACUCGGCUCUGGUUUCCCAAGCAACACAGGAAGUGGUCUUGGUUUUCCUAGCAACACCGGAAGCGGGACGAGUUUACCUAGCAAUACCGGAAGCAGUUCAGGUUUCAGUACGGGUUUCACGGAUAAUUCUUUAGGUGGAUCCGGUUUCCCUGUAAACAGCGGCAGUACAGGAAUAACAACAGAAAAUGCAAAUGCACCUCCACCUCCUCCACCGCCCUCAUUACCUAAACCCUCAGUGCCCAAGUCGAAUCCGAUCGUCAAACGACCGACCGUCUCCAUGGAUAAUAUAUUGGGGAAUACCUGUACCAAUGAAUACAAGGCGUUAAAGGGACAUACACUAUGUAUGCGAGACGAUUCCCGUGUGCGGGUCAGUGGGGUAUCUGAAGUGGACAAGAAAAUGAUUACUGAUCUCCAUAACGAUUACCGGUCUAAAGUAGAACCUCCAGCCACCGACCUUGUCACUCUGAAAUGGGACGAACGCCUAGCAUCUGUGGCACAGAAAUGGGCAAAACAAUGUAAAGCUGGUCACGACAAAAUGAGGAAGAUUCCAUCGAUCGGGAUGUCAGUUGGUCAGAAUGUGGCAGGAGGGUACAAGACAUGGGAGGAGGCGGUCUUCCACUGGUAUGAUGAGAUUCGGAUGUGGAGGUACGGUGUAGACCCAGAUUCUUACCUCGGCUCCGGCGGCUGGAGAAAAAUCGGCCACUUUACUCAGAUGGUCCAGAACGCUACUUUCCUGGUUGGUUGUGGGUACGCUGAGUGUCGCCGUAGUCGUUAUACUCGUUACUAUGUCUGUGACUACGCAGCUGGUCAAUCAAACCUAGCCUUCCCAUAUACUGCAGCGCGUCCAGGAACCGGAGAAGGUCGAUGCUCCGCGUGCCCAAACACGUGCAACAAAGGCCAAUGCGAUUGCCAAGGACUUGUGUGUUUGAAUGGAGGGAAACUGGACCCUAAUUCAUGUACUUGCACAUGCACGAAACUGUACUCUGGAAGAUCAUGUGACAAGUUGGUUUGCCCUGCCAAGGACAAGUGGAUAUGCCGUCGAGACUGGCCAGAAAGCUACUGUAAACGGUUUACAAAUGUUCCCGAAGAAUGUCCUUACAUGUGUGGCAUUUGCAAAUCGGAUGUCCCAAGUACACCAGAGGUUUCGUACGUGUCCGCGUUUGGAUGUCGGUAUCAGGGCGUGAGGUCCACUCUAGCUGAAUGCAAGGCUUACGGAAGGGGCGGAGUUGACAUCCAUGCAUGCGCAACCGAGGGUGGGAAUAUCACAUGCAAUGACUGCGAUCGAUUUUACAACGUCAAGCGUGACAUGUGCCCAGUCAUGUGUGGAAUCUGUGAUCCUCAGUGUAACGGAAAAGAAUGUAGAAAUGGUGGAAAACUCGACACCGACACUUGCACGUGCGAAUGUCAGCCUCCCUAUGAAGGGGACAUGUGCGAAACAG